AGUGGUGUUUGAAUGCUGACGGCGCUCGGUCUCAGUUAACCGUCGGACGGGAGAAGCAGAAUAAUACACGCACAGGUACAGUGAAUCUGCUGAAGUGACUUGGAAAAAGGACUGAGGAUUUACGUUGCUGAUGUGCUGCCGCGGCGUUUGACUUCACUAGACCGUAGACGAGCGAAAAGGACAUUUCGAUCUCCCAUCAUCAAUCCGUAUUUUGCGGAAAACAUGCCUCAGACACCUCCGUUCACAGGCAUGUUUGGCCCUGCCAGUUACAAUAACAACGUGUACCAGUCGAAGGAGGAGAGCUACGGGGAUCUCUAUUACCAUGAAAACAACCUAGUGUCUGGGUCCCUGGAGGCUCUCAUUCACCACUUAGUCCCCAAUGUGGACUACUAUCCUGAUAGGACGUACAUCUUUACUUUCCUGCUGAGCUCUCGACUUUUCCUACACCCGUAUGAGCUCGUGUCCAAGGUGUACCACCUGUGUGUGGAGCACCAACGGCUCAGUGACCCCCAUGCUGACAAGCUCCGAAUGAGGAAGAUGGCCCCGAAGAUUGUGCAGCUGCUGACUGAGUGGACAGAGACGUUCCCGUAUGACUUUAGGGACGAGCGCACGAUGCGGGGCCUGAAAGAGCUGACCCAUCGCAUAACCAGCGGGGAUGAGCUGUACCGGAAGGCUGUCCACCAGAUGAUACAGAGCUUGAUUCGUAAGCUGACCGCACUUAGCCAGUACGAGGAAGCGCUGGCGAAGAUUAACGCCACUGCUGCGGAUAGGCUUACUGUGCUGAAGGCCAAGCCCCAGUCCAUCCAGAGGGACAUCCUGACCAUCUGCAAUGACCCUUUUACUCUUGCCCAGCAGCUCACCCACAUAGAGCUGGAGAGACUAAGCUACAUUGGACCUGAAGAAUUUGUACAAGCCUUUAUUCAGAAAGGCCCUUUGGACAAUAACAAGAGCCGAUUCAGCGACCGCAAGAAAGCGAGUAACCUGGAGGCAUAUGUGGAGUGGUUCAACAGGCUCAGUUACCUGGUUGCCACAGAGAUCUGCAUGCCUGUAAAGAAAAAACAUAGAGCAAGAGUCAUUGAGUUCUUCAUAGAUGUUGCUCGGGAGUGCUUCAACAUCGGCAACUUCAACUCUCUUAUGGCCAUUAUUUCUGGGAUGAACAUGAGUCCCGUGUCCCGACUGAAGAAGACCUGGGGCAAAGUCAAAACGGCCAAGUUUGAUAUCCUAGAGCACCAGAUGGAUCCAUCCAGCAAUUUCUACAACUACCGCACAGCAUUGCGGGGUGCCACUCAGAGGUCCAUAACAGCACACACCAGCCGAGAGAAGAUUGUUAUUCCAUUCUUCAGCUUAUUAAUCAAGGAUAUUUACUUCCUCAAUGAAGGAUGUGCCAACCUGCUUCCCAAUGGACAUGUUAACUUUGAAAAAUUCUGGGAACUGGCCAAACAGGUGAGCGAGUUCAUGACAUGGAAGCAGGUGGAGUGUCCUUUUGAAAGAGACCGCAAGAUCCUGCAGUACCUUCUGACUGUGCCAGUGUUCACUGAGGACGCCCUGUACCUGGCCUCAUAUGAGAGUGAGGGCCCUGAGAAUAACAUCGAGAAGGACAGUUGGAAAUCUCUCAGGUCUGCUCUACUGAGUAGAGUAUGAAUAUUAAAACACUGAAGAAGCUCUGUAUAUCUUUCUGAACAAUGAAAGUAUCUCCAAAUGAAGGAACUGAAACUCUGGAACUGGCUGCGCCCAGGGCCAGUAUGCUCAACAGUAAUAUCUGUGUAACAUAUCAAAGACGGACAUGUUUUUGCUGCUAUAGUCUGGUAUUUCAGGAAAGAUUUUGGAAUCUUAAUAAAAAUAACUAAUUGUUGCCAUAAAAGAAGCCAAGAAUUUACUGUUGUGCUUUUCACAUAUGCCUAAGGGGGACAGAUCAGCUGACAGAAGUUCAUACUGUAGUGUUAGGGAUUUUGGGUACUGUUAAUGAAAGUUAUUUGGAGAAGUAAUUAUGAAAUGUAUCUUCGGAAAGAAGAGGCAGGAGUUGGCUGCUGGUUGGCUCACUCAACAGGACUGGUUUGACAGCUGCUUUAGAAAACCAGCAUUGCAUGCACUGCAAAGGCAGUGCAGAUUAUCACUAAAAGAUGUAAACCUGAAACUGCUCAAGCUAACAUUUAUACUUUUGUUACGAUGUACUUUUUUCUACAUGUUAAAAUGAGUACAGUGUCAUUGUGUAACCCAGUGUGGUUGGUUCUUUUCUUUUUUUUUUUGUGUGUGUGAAGUUUCGAAGUGUGUUAAAUGCACUGAGUACAUUUAACAGUUAUUGAUGUCAUUUAUUGUGAUGUGCAAAGCCCUUGUAAAAACACUGCUCCCACCCCCCCCCCUUCUGUCCUCAGUACCACUCGACCCAACCCCAGAGUCCUCUUGAGGGCAUGUAACAUGAAGGUUAAUGGACUGGAUGCAUGGUUAUCGAGUAAACAUGUUUUCUGGUGUUUGGUGUAAUUGCCUGGAGUAAAUAUAGCGCUGAAGCACUACUAGUGUUAUGUGAUUAAGAUUAUCCCCUCGGUGAGAAUAGGUUUCUCUCUAUCAGAGAUCCACCCCUUCUAGCCCCCAACAAAAAUUGUGCACAGAACACAAAAUAAGCAAAAAUCCACAUUUUGAUGAUAGGAAAGAGUUUAGAGGGAAUUAGCAAAAUAGAACUGUGUGCAUAGCUGAUGUUGCAUAUAAAACUGUAUAGGAGAGCCAGGAGUCAGUAUUCUUCACUACAGUCACUCAUUACUGUUAAUGUGCUGCAAUUUUUUUAAAAAAUUUCAUUCCAUUUCCAUGUGUUAUUUAUGGGUAUCUUUUCCCAGCAGGUAUUCUGUGUGCUUUGUUCUUAGGUAUUUUGCUGCUUUUAUACGAUACUAUUCGUAUUUAAAUUUUGUAGAAGAUAAGCUUGUCUUUUAGUAGGUAAUUUUGUUGCCAAUUUUUAAAAAAAAAAAAAAUGUAUAUUUUUGUUUGUGGGGGAAAACGAUUUUAAGGGUACUUAAAUGAAGUUUGCUGGCUUUUUUCCUUUACACAAAAUGAAAUGGUAAACUAAAUUUGUUUACAGUAUUGUUUCCAUGAAUUCUUUAUAACUGAUGAAAAUACAUAAAUGAGACCUUUAAUAAAAGACAAACUACACCAAUAUUCAGCUGAACUCAC